AUGUAUUCGCUUAUACGUAGAUCGCUAACUUCCAAUGCAAUCCUAAGAAUUAAGAGAAAUCAUCUUCCCCCAAGACCGAAGUUCACUGCACAAAUGGAAAAUGAUUGUACUGAAGUAUUCAUUCAUGGUGGUAGUGGUGCUGGGGGCCAAAAGAUAAAUAAAACGAAUUCUAAAGUACAAUUAAAGCAUAUUCCGACUGGUAUUGUGGUAACAAGUCAAAUAACUAGAUCUAGAGAUCAAAACAGGAAGGAUGCAAGAGAAAGAAUGGCAUAUGAAUUGGCAAAAUUAUCUAUAUCUAAUGGAUCACAAGAGACACCAAGAGACGUAGCAUUAAGACAAUUAAAACAACAAAAUAAAAAGGCUAAACUAAAAAAAAGUUUAAAAAAAUACGAAGUACACAAAGAAGAAAAGGAAAGGUUCAAAGAAUUGCAACGUUUGGAAGAUGAAUCGAUUCUAGAAAAAAUAUUAGGAGAUUAG